AUGUGGUGGCCCGUCGGAGGUCGGAACCUCGCGCGGAAGGUGGUGCGCAGUUGCGUGCGGUGCACACGAUUGAGACCGACGACGGUCACUCCUAUUAUGGGGAACUUACCCAAAGAACGUUUAGAUCCAGGGUUUCCGUUCUUGCGUUGCGGCGCCGAUUACGCUGGUCCAAUGUUUACGUUGAACCGUAAAGUUGGCCGUCCACUGACUGCACCUGUAACGGCCGAGGUACACGACGUGCCUGCUCAUUGCCUCACACGAUACCAGCGUCUUGAGCAAAUCCGACAGCAUUUUUGGAAGCGAUGGUCCCAGGAGUACGUGUCCGAGCUUCAGACGAGAAGUAAAUGGCAGCAGAACAAGGGAGCCCUCAAGGAGGACAUGCUGGUCCUCAUCAAGGACGACCAUUUGCCGCCGAUGAAGUGGAAAACCCACAACAAUACCACGUUUGGAGUUGUGUGGUGCAUUAUUAGGGACGCGACUCUUUCAGAAGUCAGAGCCGUGCACCUGGAGCUAGUGUCCGAUUUAACUAAGGAGGCCUUUCUUGCGGCCUUCAGCCGGUUCAUUAGCAGAAGGGGCAAGCCUCAGCGCGUGUACUCCGACAACGGCUCAACAUUUGUAGGAGCUUUUAAUGAGCUUUCACGCUUCAUACAGGUUUCUUCUAAGCAAAUAGAGUCUGAUCUUGCAAAUCAGGACAUACAGUUUAAAUUCAUUCCUGCCUAUUCCCCACAUUUUGGUGGGAUAUGGGAAGCGGCAGUAAAAUCAACAAAACAUCUACUACGUAGAGUCUUAAGUCUUACUCACUUAACAUAUGAGGAGUUGUCGACAUGCCUGAUUCAGAUAGAGGCUAUUUUAAAUUCCAGACCUCUAACGCCUUUAUCAUCGGAUCCUUCUGAUCUUUCUUUUCUUACUCCUUCCCAUUUCCUCCUCGGGCGAGCUCAGAGUUCGAUAAUCCGACCUGGACUCACCGAACACAACAUACAUCGCCUGCAGCGCUUCGACCGCAUCGAAAAGCUGCGUCAGCACUUUUGGCAGCGCUACUCUAAUGAAUACGUAUCUCUUCUGCAGCAACGCACCAGGUGGCAGACCGGCGGUCAAGACCUCAAGGUUGGAGCAAUGGUCCUUGUACGAGACGUCAAUCUUCCGCCUCUUCUGUGGCUACUUGGAAGAGUAGUCGCUGUCAAACCUGGGACAGACGGGCGCAGUCGAGUCGCCGACAUACGGACGAAGAAGGGCACCAUAACUCGUGCCUACAACAACAUCGUGCCGCUUCCUCUUCAAUGACAUGUUCCCGGGGGAAUAUGUUCCUACGUCUCAUCGGGCCGCGCGGCGCUGGCGGGCAAACCGGUAGCCCCCG